CUGAGACCCAAAUCGACAGGAUCAGGAGGUAGUGUGAACAAUUUUAAGGGGUUGGACAGAGCAGUGAAACAUUUUGAAGCUGGCCAUGUCCAGGAGAUUAGCGUGUCAGAGAUAAAUACUACUAUUAUAUACAUCAGUGCCAAGUGCCAGGCUUCGAUGAAGAAGCACCAAUACCAAGUUUACAUAUGUUUGUCUAGGAAUGGACAGUCUGUGACUAACAUACAUCAUGGAUAUUGUCAGUGUCCUGUGGGGCUAGGCCAGAGCUGUAGCCACAUUGGGAGUUUACUCUUUGCGCUGAGUCAUAUCAAGCCCCAGGAAAGCUGCACAAGUAAGCCCUGCAAAUGGGUAGUACCCAAAGGAAGAUCUAAAAAACCCACUGGUAAGUAAAUUUUUUUAUAGUCAGAUUGUUAACAGAUAACAAAAAACAUAUGAACUUUGAAGCUCUUUAACUGGCAAGUAACAUAAAACCAAUAUAAACAGGUCCAUUAGAAACCUUGAGGUCAAAAGCAGAUAAAAUGGACACUGAAACCAGUGAUAUAGAGGAUGCUUCAUUUGACCCUCGCCAUACCACAGACAGAGACUUCGACAUAAAUACUACAUUGCUUCAACUGAGAAAUUUAAAGGAUAUUUUCCCAAGUACAGGUAUGAGCCAUUUGUGGAACAUCCCAGAUGAUGCCCCUGUAGCUGAGAGGGAGAUUGAGGUGGAGACAUAUGAGGAUCCAUUGGAAAUGGCAUCCAAAGCAUUGAUCUUGUCAAAUGAGAACUUGCCAAUCCCAAUUUCAAUUGACGAAAAUUUGAGCGCCUAUGUUGAAGAAAGAACUAAAGGUCAAAGAAAAUGUUCUCUUUGGACCGAACUACGCAAAGGAAGAAUUACGAGUUCUCUUUUCGGAGCUGUUUUACAUGCUGGACCUAACCCACGUAGUCUUGUGGACCAAAUUAUACAUGGAUCCAGUUUACAAAGGUAUCAGACGCUUCCUCGUCCAGUCCAGUGGGGUGUGGACCAUGAGGAAGAAGCGGUCAGAGACUACCUGACACUGCAGAAUGCUGUCUCUGAUGUAACAGUGGAGGCUGCAGGGCUCACUAUUUAUCCAUCCCAUGCCUUUUUAGGUGCCAGCAGUGAUGGGUGGAUUUGUGACAAGUCUAUGCCACUGGGGAGUCAAAGAGGGGUACUUGAGAUUAAGUGCCCGUACUCAAUCUCUAAUGAAAUAAUUGUAGAAAAAGAGGUCCAUGAGCUAGCCGGAAAAGAGGGGUUCUGUCUGGAGAAUACACCCGAAGGACCGCGUUUGAACCGUAGCCACAAGUACUAUGCUCAGAUCCAAGGAGAGAUGGCAAUAAUGGGGUGUCCUUGGGGUGAUUUUGUUGUUUGGACAGCUGCCAAGGACAGCAACUGUUUUAUAGAGAGAAUUGAUUUCGACUCAGAGUUCUGUACUCGUAUGAUGCCAAAACUAGUUGAAUUUUUUGUUCACCACAUCUUGCCUUUUUAUAAAUGUACUGAGAAUUAAUUCACUUCCUGAGCCAAUGGCUAAUGUGAGCAUUACCUAAUGAUCAAAAAGUGUUCAGCUUCUGUCAUCUGUAGACAUUUGUUCACAUUUUUGAAUUUUU